UUAUACUACCUUUUAUUACUAAGGACAGUUUCGUCAUUUACAAUUAUGUCUCGACGACAUGUACAUAGAAGUGUUUGGUUUCGUGACAUGUAAACACGCCAUUGGUUACAAGUUACAACACUCAAAGAGCACCCAUCACCAAAUUCUCACCUUUAUCGCCACGCCAACUCCAUCUUCUUCGUCAAAAGCGAAGCUUUUUCUAUUUUCCUUGAUGGGUUUCAUCUCCUGCACCUCAUUUCCGACGAUUAAUUCAAGAAUUCCAUCGACCCGUUUCACAAAGCAAUCGACUUUACCAUCUUUGUGUACACCAAAGUUUGCUUUUAGACGCGAGGAUAAGCCCAGUUUCUUAUUGUCACUGUCAUCAACGUCUUCGAUUAUGGCGAGUCCUAUUCAAGCAUCUUCUUCCUCCUCCACUAUUGGUGAGACCAGUGAUGGCUUGAAGGUCCAGUCUCAUGUUUCAAUUGGGGCGAACGAUUUACUGAUUGUUGGACCAGGUGUUCUUGGACGCUUAGUUGCUGAAAAGUGGAGAGAGGAACAUCCAGAUUGUCAAAUAUUUGGGCAGACAGUAACAACAAACCAUCAUGAUGAGUUGGAGAAGUUGGGUAUCAAACCAUCUCUUAAAGAAACCGAGUUUGAUGGCAACUUCUCCUAUGUGAUCUUUUGUGCCCCUCCCUCACAAAGCCCAGAUUACGCCGCUGAGCUCAGGAUGGCAGCAUCAAAGUGGAACGGCGAAGGAUCAUUCUUAUUCACAUCUAGCUCUGCACCUUAUGAUUGCUUUGAUAAUGGAGAAUGCAAUGAGGAUUCUCCAGUAGUUCCACUUGGAAAGAGCCCAAGAACCGAUGUGCUUUUGAGAGCUGAACAAGUAGUGCUGGAAAGUGGAGGGACCGUCCUUAGACUAGCAGGGCUUUACACAGAGACAAGAGGUGCACAUACUUACUGGUUGAGUAAGGAGACAGUUGAUGCUCGUCCUGAUCAUAUCUUGAAUCUCAUACACUACGAGGAUGCAGCAUCGUUGUCAGUUGCAAUCAUGAAGAAAAAACCUGGUGGUCGGAUUUUUGUGGGUUGCGACAACCAUCCUUUGUCAAGGCAAGAGGUGAUGGACCUGAUGGAUCAAAGCGGAAAAUAUGAUAAGAAGUUCAAAGGUUUCACGAGCACCAGCGGUCCUUUAGGGAAGAAGUUGAACAACUCACGGACCCGAGAGGAAAUAGGAUGGGAGCCGAAGUAUCCAAGCUUUGCUCAAUUUCUUGGAGUAUCCAAAUAACAUUAUAAUCUGGUCGAGAUUAUGAAGGAAUAUAAGAGAGCAAGAAUGCUAGAAAAGUGCUUUAGAGAGUACCUCUAGAAGUACAGUAUCCACAAAUGUGAAGCAUUUUCUAUGUUUGGUUCAAACUUAUAUGUAUACUCCGAGAUAUCAUCAAACUGCAUCUUCUACUUGUGAACAAACGCGAAUCAAAUUCAAAUAAAUCAAGAAAAUUUAUAGAUAAA